AUGACAGACCGCGUGUUCCAGCUCUCCGGCACCUGCAACAAUUACCCCUGGGGCAAACACGGCCACGACUCCCUCGCCGCCCGCCUCUGCCAAAAAACCACCCCCGGCUUCCAAAUCGACGACUCCAAACCCUACUCCGAACUCUGGUUCGGCGACUACCCCGACUUCCCCGCCCGCGUCCUCACCACCGGCGAAGCCCUCGCCGACAUCCUCGCCCGCAACAAAGAAACACUCCUCGGCGACAAAGUCCUGACCACCCUCGACCCGCAGCUCCCCUUCCUCCCCAAGAUCCUCUCCAUCGCCAAAGCCUUACCCCUCCAAAUCCACCCGGACAAAAACCUCGCCGCCCAACUCCACGCCAAAGACCCCUCCUCCUUCCCAGACCCCAACCACAAACCCGAAAUCGCCAUCGCCCUCUCCGACUUCGAAGUCUUCGCCGGCUUCCAACCCCUCUCCCAAAUCGAGCCCCUCUUCCGCCACCACCCAGCCCUCCACCAAUUCAUCCCCGCCGACGCCCCCCGCCCCUGGACCAACACCACCCUCCGCGCGGUAAUCCACGCCCUCCUCCACGCCGACCCAGCCACAAUCCACCAAACCCAACACGCCCUCCUCCACCACCCCACGCCCACCCCGUCCCCCAGCAACGACCCUCACCAAAAACCUCCCCAAAUCAACACCACCCUCCUCACCCGCCUGCAAACCCAAUAUCCCUCCGCCUCCGACCCCGGCACUCUAGUAGCCCUAACAACCCUCAACUUCCUCACCCUUUCCCCAGGUUCAGCCCUCUACAUCCCCGCCGACGCGCCGCACGCCUACUUAUCCGGCGACAUCGUCGAGUGCAUGGCGCGCAGCAACAACGUUCUCAAUGCCGCGUUUUGUGACCCUUCCCAGCGUGUCCAGAAUAACAAGAACCUGGAGGUAUUUACGGAGGCGUUGACGUUUAGCAAGGCACAUUCGAAGGAGGAUGUUAUUUUACCCAGUGUGGUGUCGAAGAGGGGAAGGAAGGGGAGGAUACAGGUGUAUCAACCGCCGAUGAGGGAGUUUGAGAUGUUACGGGUGGAGUUGGGAGGCACAGAGGGGGGAGAAGAAGAGGAGAUGGAAGCCGGGGAUGGGCCGGGGGUGAUGAUUGUGACGAAAGGACAGGGGAAGAUGGAGGCGGAUGGAAAGGUGGUGGGGUUGGCGGAGGGGUCGAUUUGGUUUGUGGCGCCGGGGGUUGGGGUGAAGUGGAAGGCGGAGGGGGAGAUGGAGGUGUUUAUGGCUGUGGUGUAG